CAUGCUCCAGUUGUCAUGCCGCCGGCCCGAAGAUCUUGAGAGCCAUUGAAAUUGUCAAACGCCCCCCGUUAAGAGGCUGCACCGGCCAAAAAUCGGCUUAGAGCCGCGUCCAAUUGAGUUUCGGAUCGGUUCACUUGUUGCUCUGGUCAAUUUUGUAUUUUAUUUCUAUUUUAUUUUAUUUUAUUUUUCAUUUUGUUGACUUUGUUCGGUGAUUCAGCAACGUUUGAAUGCUCGUUGAUAAGAUGCGCAAAAGUAAGAUAAAUAACGGAACAUGGCAUCGAGCCAAGUCAAAUAUUGAGACGCACUCACACUUUCGAAGGCCUAACCGCACACUGUAUAAAUACUCCAAGUACCAGCUGGUCAGCCAUCAAACGACUCUGUGCACUCAGACAAUAGACAACAUGAGAACCGGCUACGUCUCACUUGCCAUUUGCGCCUGCUUGGCUUUGGCCGCUGCUGAUGUCUCGCAUCUGACCAGCAGCUACCUGCCUCCGCCCAAGCCGGAGCAGGUCGAGCAGAUGACCAUCGAGCAGCACGAGCUGCGCGAACUGCCCGAGCAGGUGGACUACAUGCGCGAGAAUGAGCUGGGCGGCAUGGAGAAUGCGCCCAGCAGCCAGCUGACGCCGCCAGCUAUGCCACAGGCGGAGGACAUGCUCUCCACUCGCUACCUGCCGCCAGCUGAGCCUGCCAUGCCCGCCCAGAGCUAUCUGCCUCCUGCAGAGCCGACGGCGGCCAUGCCCACCGCUGCUGCAAUGCCCGCCAUGCGCUAUUUGCCACCCACUCAGGCCGAGCCGGAGCCAAUGAUGCAGCCCGAAAUGAUGCAAGCCAUGGAGUACUCAGCCCCCGCUGAGCCCCAGCCAGAAGCAGCACCAGCCAUGCGCUACCUGCCGCCCGUGCAGCAGGCCGAGCCAAAUGCCUAUCAGCAAUACCAGCAGCAAGAGCAGCAGCAGCAGCAACAGCAGCAGCAGCAGGAGCAGGAGCAGGAGCAGCAGAUGCCUUAUAUUCUGGACGUGCAACAGCCAAUGGCGCCCUCCGAUGCCGAAACUCUAGCCCUUGAGCCGGAGCCCGCCCACGAGCUGCGCCAGGAUGGCUAUCAUUACCGACACGCCGAACAGGAGCAGCGCCUGAGGCACUAGAGAAGCCACCGAGUCAUCGAAUUGUUGUUAAAUGUUAAUUUAGUAAUUAAAGCUUGAAUAAAAUGAGGGUUUACUAAA